CAUACCUCUGCGGUGCAGGGUUUAGGGGGGCAGUGUGGAGGCAGGUCUGCUGCUGCAUACCGAAGCCCCGCUAAAUGCAUCUCAUUGAGAGGAGAGGAGCUGAACGCUGCACAGGGACAUAACAGGACAGCAGAUUACACCAGGUGUCCACGUUGCUCUGGUAAAAGAAGAUGUCUCAACGGAGUGGACAGGAGGACCCGGAGCGGUACCUGUUUGUGGACCGGGCCGUCGUCUACAACCCGGCCACGCAGGCUGACUGGACGGCCAAGAAGCUAGUCUGGAUUCCCUCAGAGCGCCAUGGCUUCGAGGCCGCCGGCAUCAGGGAGGAGCGCGGAGAGGAGGUGCAGCUGGAGCUGGCCGAGAACGGAAAGAAGGUCGUGGUCAACAAGGACGACAUCCAGAAGAUGAACCCGCCUAAAUUCAGCAAAGUGGAGGACAUGGCGGAGCUCACCUGUCUGAACGAGGCGUCGGUGCUGAACAACCUGAAGGAGAGAUACUACUCGGGACUCAUUUACACGUACUCCGGUCUCUUCUGUGUGGUCAUCAACCCGUACAAGAACCUUCCCAUCUAUUCAGAGAACAUCAUCGAGAUGUACCGAGGGAAGAAGAGGCACGAGAUGCCGCCGCACAUCUACGCCAUCUCUGAGUCGGCGUACCGCUGCAUGCUUCAAGGUACGACACAGCGUUUUAUUCUUCUAAUUGGUAUUCUUGAUCUUGGUAUAUCGGGUUGGGACUGAGUCCUAAAACCCUGG